UUUUCUUUUGACUUUUUAUUGUGAAACCAAGUUUAAUUACCCCAGGAUGUUUCAACUGCUCACGGACCGCUUUGUUUUCCAGUGGACUUGUGUCAGGAAUGACGACUUACAAGUUGCAACUCAUUUGCAUUCACAUUUACAUUCAACACAUUCAUAGAAACUGGCCUUUUGAGAGUGAGAGAGAGAGAGAGAGAGAGGACUAGAGGGCUCAAUCAGGAGCAGACAAAGAAAAAAAAUGUAGGUGUGAAAGGUUGUGAAGGAGUAGAAUUCCACCUUUCAAUUAUAGCAUAGUUCCUGAUGUACACUUGUAUAGAUUAGUUGCUAUAUAUAACUCAUCUUACAUAGCAGAGAGCAAGAGAGAAAGAGAGAGAGACCAUGGAGAAAAAUGAUAGAGGAACCAUGGAGAACAAUGAGAAAGCUGUUACAACUGAAGAGACAAAGAUUAACUACAGAGGAUGGAAAUCCAUGCCAUUUAUCAUAGGUAAUGAAACUUUUGAGAAACUUGGAGCCAUUGGCACCUUGUCCAACCUCUUGAUCUAUCUUACUGGUGUCUUCAACAUGAAGAGUAUUACAGCUGCACUUAUCAUCAACAUCUUCAAUGGUACCACCAACUUUGCCACCUUGCUUGGAGCUUUCAUUUCUGACACUUACUUUGGCCGCUACAAGACUUUGGGACUUGCAACAAUCGCCUCAUUUAUGGGAUUGCUUGCAAUACAACUAACAGCGGCAAUCAAGAAGCUGCAUCCACCCCACUGUGGAUCAGGACAGAAUGACACUUGCACAGGGCCAACAACAGGGCAAAUGGCAUUUUUGCUGACUGGUUUUGGAAUGCUAAUAGUAGGAGCUGCUGGCAUCCGGCCAUGCAACUUGGCCUUUGGAGCAAACCAGUUCAACCCUGAGACAGAAUCUGGGAAGAAGGGAAUCAAUAGCUUUUUCAAUUGGUACUUCUUCACUUAUACUUUUGCCCAGUUGGUAUCCUUGACCCUCAUUGUGUAUGUGCAGUCCAAUGUGAGCUGGGCUAUAGGUUUAGGAAUCCCAGCAAUUCUGAUGCUCAUCUCAUGUGCACUCUUUUUCAUGGGUUCAAAAAUGUAUGUGAAAGUGAAAGCCACAGGUAGCCCUGUGACUAGUGUGGCACAGGUCAUAGUGGUUGCUACUAAGAAAAGGCAGUUAAAGCUACCAGAACAACCAUGGCUUUCCCUCUUCAAAUAUAUGCCUCCUAGUUCUAUCAACUCCAAGCUUCCUUACUCGGACCAAUUCAGAUUCCUGGAUAAAGCAGCAAUCGUGACUCCCCAAGACCAAAUAAACCCAGAUGGAUCAGCAACUGAUCCAUGGAAACUUUGCUCCAUGCAGCAAGUGGAAGAAGUGAAAUGCUUGCUGAGAGUGAUUCCUAUAUGGGUUGCAGCCAUCUUAUACCAUCUUGUUAUAGUCCAACAGAAUACAUAUGCAGUUUUCCAAGCCGUUCAAUCUAACAGACAACUAGGAAAUAUCAACUUCAAGAUCCCACCUGCAUCAUACAUUGUCUUCAUGAUGCUGAGCUUGACCAUAUGGAUACCCAUCUACGACAGAAUACUUGUCCCAUUCCUUCAAAGGAUCACCGGAAAAGAAGGCGGCAUCACAAUCCUCCAGAGGAUGGGCAUUGGCAUAUUUAUCUCCAUACUCACAAUGCUGGUAUCUGCCCUGGUGGAAGAGCGUCGAAGGACCAUAGCUCUAACCAGGCCAAAUAUGGGGAUUGCACCAAGAAGAGGUGCCAUUUCCUCCAUGCCAGGUCUAUGGUUGAUUCCUCAACUCAUGCUAGCAGGACUAGUUGAAGCAUUUGCUAGUGUUGCCCAAGUUGAGUUCUACUACAAGCAAUUCCCCGAGAACAUGAGAAGCAUUGGCGGGUCUCUUUUAUAUUGUGGCAUGGGAUUUUCAAGUUAUUUGAGUAGUUUCAUGAUAUCAAUAAUUCAUAGAACAACAGAGGGUGCUGCAAGUGGAAAUUGGUUGCCAGAAGAUCUUAACAAGGGAAGAUUGGAUUACUUCUAUUACACAAUUGCUGCUAUAGAGGUCUUGAACUUCUGCUACUUUCUAGUUUGUGCAAAGUGGUACAAGUACAAAGGGACUUGCAAGGAUACCCUCCAAGACAACCUAGGAUCAAUACAACUGGAAAAGACUGCUGUCUGAUUAUCAAGUUCGUAGGUAAUCACAUUUAUUGCAGGCUAAGUAAUGCUAUUUAGUAAACUUCUACAUAACUGCCAUACAACUAGACGAUGACAUGACUCUUUUACUGUUGAUCCGAUGUAUGACAGUUGUACAGGAGUUUACGAAAUAGAAUUACUCAUUGCAUUUAUACACUAUCUAAAAUAAUGUUUCCUUGGCAUUUGGAGGCAGCAUGAUGUUGCAUCAGGUAGGAACUUUAUGUAGGAUCAAACCAGUAGGAUAUGAAUUGCCCUUCUCUAUUGAAGAGAGAGCUUACAUGUGUAAAACAGGAUGUGUAACAUAGAUGGGAAAACAUGGCAGCAAAUGUAACUCUCUCUUAUAAAAACCUAAUCAGGAAUGAUGUCUUUUUCUUUUU